UCAAAAAUAUGGCAGGAAAAGCAAUAAAAGCACUCUAUUUUAUUUUUGAAAUCGAAGGACGACGCGGUGCUCCGAAAGUUCCAGAAAAACCCCCAAACUCUCCGUCCGCCCACAACACCGCCGUCUCGCCGCCGGUAGAGUGACCCGUGCCGCCUGAGCUGCAAAAAUGCCUAAAGUGAAGACGAACCGUGUUAAAUACCCAGAGGGAUGGGAAUUAAUCGAGCCCACGAUCCGUGAACUUCAAGCAAAGAUGAGGGAAGCUGAGAAUGAUCCACAUGAUGGCAAAAGAAAGUGUGAGACUUUGUGGCCUAUAUUUAAAAUUGCACACCAGAAGAGCCGAUACAUAUUUGACCUCUACCAUCGGAGGAAGGAGAUUUCUAAGGAGUUAUAUGAAUUCUGUUUAGAUCAAGGAUACGCUGACCGCAACCUGAUUGCAAAGUGGAAGAAGCCUGGUUAUGAACGUCUGUGCUGCUUGAGGUGCAUGCAACCGCGCGAUCACAAUUUUGCCACCACAUGUGUUUGUAGAGUACCCAAGCAACUUAGGGAGGAGAAGGUAAUAGAGUGUGUCCAUUGUGGUUGCAAGGGCUGUGCAAGUGGGGACUGAUGGGACAUCAAUUUUGCAGCAUUAAAUGCCCAGGGAGGUUUUGUAAGAAUGAUGUGUUUGUGCUUUUAUCUUUCUGUUGUCUGAGACUAUCAGGGGGCUCAGCUUAUGCUUGUAUUACUGUUUACUAACUUUAAGGUAGCUAUACAUUUGGAACAUUUAACUAAUUACCAGCAUUAAUCAUCUGCUUAUUUCAUAACCUGAUCGAGGUUUGUACCUUCA